AUUCUACACCACGGGGUCUCCUUUUUCUCCUUCUUCUUCACCCUUUAAGUACUUAAUUUCGGUUAUAAAUUCCUCAAGAAAAGGUCUUCUCAACCUCUAGCUAGCUAACCAAACACAAACACUCAUAUUAUUUAUGCCAAACACUAAUUAAGCUUUAUCUUGUUAGACUAAUGGAUCAUUCUAUCUACUCAUGUAAAGGAAAAGCAUCUGCCAGCAAAAACCAAAGUUGUGAGGAAAGUGGAUGGACAGCUUAUUUUGAAGAUUUCUCAAAAGGAGGAGGCAUAGAGCCUAGCUACUGUUCCAGUUUGGGUGGCUCCUCUUUGAUCUCAGAUGCUGCUUCUUACGCUGCAUGGAAAUUUUCUCAUCAUCAUCACAAUCAAUUAUCAGAUAAUAAGGGUGCCCAAAUUAAUCCCCUUAAGAAGCUUUGUUUCAAGAAAGCAAGAACCAAACAGAUAUCAGAGGAUGACCCUUUGGAGGACACUGCUAGCUCUCCAGUCAACAGCCCCAAGGUGAGAGACUUGAGUCCAACUGAAUUCAUUUCCAGGAAGAUUGAUGAUCAACUAGAGGGUUCUAUGGGUAACAGAUUCACAUCAUCAGAGAAUUAUUCAGAUUUGCAAAUAGAAGAUAAGCAUAUUGAUGAAGCAUUUAAUAGGAACAAUAUGGAUUGCACAGACUUGAAGAAAAGAGGGCUCUGCCUGGUUCCUUUGUCCUUGAUUAAUUAUUUGGGAUGACUGAUUAAUUAUUUGGGGUGUAAUGCUUUUGUAUAUAGCUUCUCUCUUUCUCUACCCCUCCUUGUCUCCUCUUUGUGUUCUUUUAUUUGGAUCAAGAAAUUGUAUACAAUAAUACAAAGCAUAUGAUUAGUGUCUA